CUUUCACUCAUUAGAGGAACAGCAAGUUGGCUAGGCUCUUGACAUUGGCAGAUUGGACAGAGGAAUGUUUCUGUGUGCAAGGAAGAACUGCUUAAUGUAAGAGGCCCCAUCUGAAUUUAUUUGCGGGACAUCAAUGUGAUCAAGUGAAAAAGGAGGACCAAGAGGCAACAUAUCCCAGACUCAGCAGGGAGCUGCUGGACAAGAAAGAGCCUGAAGUCUUUCAGGACUCACUGGAUAGAUGUUAUUCUACUCCUUCCGGUUAUCUUGAACUGUCUGACUCAUGCCAACCCUACAGAAGUGCCUUUUACUCAUUGGAGGAACAGCACAUUGGCUUGGCUCUUGAUGUGGACAGUGAGUACCUUACUAUGAAGGUGAUGAGACUCCACCUGGUCUUCCAGAUAGAGAUGAUAUUCCUGUUCCAAGUGGCCCUUAUUGACCCAAGCGAUGUCAUUGCCACAGGAAUUAAAAAGAACCAAGAAGAGGAAGAAGACCAAGGCCCACCAUGCCCCAGGCUCAGCAGAGAGCUGCUGGAGGUAGUAAAGCCUGAAAUCUUGCAGGACUCAUGGAUAGAUAUUAUCCAACUCCUUCCAGUUAUCUUGAACUGCCUGACUCAUGCCAGCACUAUGGAAGUUCCUUUUACUCAUUGGAGGAACAACACGUUGGCUUUUCUCUUGACAUGGAUGAAAUUGAAAAGUACCAAGAAGGGGAAGAAGAUCAAAUCCCACCAUGCCCCAAGUAACUUUCAGCAAUUGUGGAUACUUAAUUCUGUGUUAACACAUGGAGACGACAGAUCCAGGGAAAACAGAGUGUGUUCGAUUUCAUGUUUUCAACAAAGGGAGAAUUACUCCUUCUGUCAUUGCUGUUGGUUUCCACUGUAGUAGACAUUUAGGUUUCCAUUUCUUCCUCCCCUUAUCAUUUGCCAAUGUGCCAUAGGUUGACCAUACCUCAAAAGCUGUACUCUCAUGGUGACUACAUCGAAUUUUGAGCGCGUUUUAUGGAAAACUAAAGAGCUCACUCUUUUCCUGUGUGUCAUGAGGGCACUAACUCAGAGUGUCCUUUUACUCCCUUAUCAGUGUGUCACCUGGCCAAUUCACUGAGUCACUUUCUCUCUCUGUCUGUCUGUCUCCGUCUCUCUCUCUCUGUCUUUCUCUUUCAUUGUUUUCUACCUGGCCCCGUUCUAACCCAAC